AUGCUCAUCAUCUGUGCUGUGAUCGGGCUAUAUGCAAGCACCACGCUAGCCUCUCUCCCCAUUUGUUCAAAGUGUCCAGCAGCUGGCCACUGGUCAAGGUGGGAAGACUAUACAAGCUGUACAGGCACGUGUGGUUUAUUCGGAAGAAAAGUUCAAAAGAGGACGUGUCUCACAUGGAAAUGGGGAUGUCCAUGCCAGGGACCAUAUUCUCGAACAAGACCAUGUGCUCCGAAGCCAUGUCCUGAUGACUCGAAUGCCUGUGCUGAGGGAUAUUCACUCUACCACAACUCCAAACUCGAGGAAGUUCUCUGUGGAAACGUGACUCUGCCGAGUGACUAUGUGAUGCCAAAGUGUCGAAUCACAAAAGUCCUCGCACACUGUGCUUUCCCAAAUCUUGGCAUUUGGAGUGGCUGGAAAUCGACGGCACCAUGCACGGCAACCUGUGGACUCAACGGAAUGGUCACUCAGAAUAGAACUUGCUUGUCGGAAAGCAAAGGCCACAAAUGCACCGGCUCCUCAACAAGAACGAUUCAUUGUCCCAAACUCGCCUGUCCAGGAGAUGUGUGUGCAUUGAACACAAAAGCGGUGACGAAUCUUGUGACUGGCAAAAGGGUUUGCGGUGUCGGCCUGCCACAGGAUCCCGUUUUGCAAAUGCCCUUAUGCACGACAACAACCAAAAAGGCUACCACAAAGCCCACAACGAAGACAACGAAGAAGCCGACCACAACGACAACGACAAAGAAAACGACAACGACAAAGAAAACGACGACAUCGACGACAUCGACAACAACCACAACUACGACCACAACGACACCAGCGCUACCAUGUGUCACAACUUCGGUACCCACCACAACCUAUGCCGAUUGUGCAGCUGUUGGUGGUGGCUUCAUUGAUGUCGGUGGAUCGUGUUAUCAAGCAAUCUUCAUCAAUGACUCUUACAUUGGUGGAGCUAGAGCCAAAUGUCAGGCAUUGAAUCCCAAUGCUGACUUGGGCACGAUUCGAUGUGAUUCGGAGAAUACAGGAGUUGCCAAUCUUGUACCAGCUGAUUUGAAGACUCAAUGUUCAACGUUUGGAAAUUUCUUCUAUAGUCAAAUGUUAUUGGGGAUUAACAAUGUGACAACGACGAGUGGGAUUGCCUGGUCAAAUGGUGCCAACUCGACUUAUCGAAACUGGGCGCCAGGAGAGCCAAACGGAAACAGUCCAGCAGAAACAGAUGCAGCCAGCAGUGCAACGUUCUACAUUGCGUCCACAGAUCCAGCUGGUGGCACGUAUCCGCUGGGACAAUGGGAAAACAUGCUACCAACUUGGGUGGUUUGUGCGACUCUCUGUGAAGUGAUCACGGCAAAAACCGGAAAUGGUUGUGGCUUCUCACCGUGCCAGAAUGGUCCG